AAAUCUGAUUACGCCUUCUCAGAUCAUUCAUCAUCAACGCCGUCUCUCUGAACUUUAAUCUCAUAAUCUGUGAUGGCACCGAAAGGAGCGGAGAAGAAACCAGCCGGGAAAGCACCGGCGGCGGAGCAACUACCAAAGGCGGAGAAGAAGAUCAGCAAAGAAGUAGGAGGAAGCGAGAAGAAGAAGAAGAAAUCGAAGAAGAGCGUGGAGACUUACAAGAUCUACAUCUUCAAGGUUCUGAAACAAGUCCAUCCAGAUAUCGGGAUCUCUGGGAAAGCCAUGGGGAUUAUGAACAGUUUCAUCAACGACAUCUUCGAGAAACUCGCUCAGGAAUCGUCUAAGCUCGCUAGGUAUAACAAGAAGCCGACGAUUACCUCGAGGGAGAUUCAAACCGCCGUGAGACUUGUCUUGCCUGGUGAACUCCCUAAGCAUGCUGUUUCUGAAGGCACCAAGGCGGUUACCAAAUUCACCAGUUAGGGUUUUCUGUUACUUUCCGGUUUAAAUGUUUGGUUUAGACUCGAUUUCCGAAAUUUGAUGGAUUAUUUGGUUCUUCAUCCUCUCAAUAAAUUGAUAUUUACUUA